AAUCCGGAAUGUUGGACCUGGAGUAUCUGCCAUACGAUGUGUUGCCGGAUAUCCUACAUGGACUGCCCGUGAAAUCCCUAAUCCAAUUCAGGUGCGUUUCCAAAUCAUGGAAUUCUCUAAUCACAAGUCCUGCCUUCAUCAAUUCCAAACUUACUCGAUCACACUCCGAUACCAACAAAUUAAUUGUUAGGUAUUUGGAUGUUACACUUACACCCCAUGUAGAGCGCUACAAAUUAAUUCACGAAGAGAGUGACGAUAAUGACUCCUCACCGGAACAAAUUCAAGACCUUAAGUUACCAUUAAGGAGUUGUCUUCGUACCUAUUUUCAAUUAGUCGGUUCCGUGAACAGAUUGUUUUGCCUUCAUGAAGGAAACCGCUUUAUUCUUUGGAAUCCUUGUAUUAGAAAAUUUAUUACCCUUCCCAACCCUUCUUUUAUUGACCUCUUUCAUUGUGAACUAGCCUUUGGGUUUGAUUUGAGGACCGAUGAUUAUAAGGUGGUGACAAUUGCCUAUCAAAGUGUAAAUAUUAGGUACGAAGGUGCCAAACCACCUCUGGUUGAGGUUUACUCUGUUAGCGAGGGAAAACUAGUGGUGGUGACUCAUAUCCGCCUAGGAUUACUAUUAGUAAUUGGCACCCAGAAGCAGCUUAUUUAAAUGGAGCUGUUUAUUUUGUGGCGAAUGAUUGGCGAGAUGCGAGUUUUGUGGGGAUUGAUUGGGGAGAUGCGAGUUCAAUAGUUUUGUCAUUUGAUUUGGGUGAUGAGGUUUUCCGUCUGAUAUCCUUGCCAAAUGGUAAAUUUGGAUUGGAUGCUCGUAUCCUUCCCUCAGAAUUCAAAGGAUUGCUUUCUCUAAUAUGUUAUGAGGGCCGGUAUAUGGGCGAGUAUAAUAGUUGUUCUAUUUGGGUGAUGAAAGAGUACGGCAUUGCGGAUUCUUGGACUAUACAGUUCACUAUUGACCUCAAUAUGCAAUAUUGGAAAGUUUUACGUUUCUGGAAGAAUGAUCAUGUACUAGUGCAGAAAAUUCAAUCAGGUGGUUCGAUGCUCUUUUCAUAUGAACCUGAGAGCCAACAAGUGAAGAAUUUGGGGUUUUGUGAAAGCAUAUUUUGUUCUUAUGCUGAUAAUUAUGUGGAGAACCUUGUCUUACUUGACAAACCAAAUGAUGUAGUUUCCAAGGAGGAAAGUGAGCAAGAAAGGAGGAAAGUGAGCAAGAAGAGGAAGUGCAGAUAACAACAAUACAUAGGAGGACUGAAGGAUGCAUUCACGUAAUGUGGUAGCAGUUUUUCUUUUUGUCUAGAUUUGUUUUUUGCCCUAUGGAUCUUUGUCAAGCCUUCUUUGUUUGGAAAGGAUCAUUUUAAAUUUUAGAC